AUGACAGACGUACGGGCAAUGCUACGCGCCGAACGCGCCACUCGCGGACCGGAACCGGCAGGCAAGAAGAGAAAGGCAGCGGGAAUCUCCACGAGCUCGCCGGCAGAGAGCAGGAAGCGCGUCAAGUCGGGUGAUGAACAACCGCAGGCACAGGCACCUGCCAAGGACACAGCCGUGGAAGGGGAAGUGGAAGUGGAACGAGAAGACAUAGCAACGCCGGCAGAAGCAACAAGCAUACCAGACCCCCAACCAGACCCCACAGAAGCCGACCUCGAAGCCUUCGACCGCGAACUAGCCGCCCUCGAAGCCAGCCACAACUCCACUACCAACACCACCCAGCAACCGACAUACAACGGCGCGACUAUAUCAGCAGGCCCCCUAACAGCCGAACAAAUCGCCGCUCAAGCAAGGGAAGAACAGAGCUUGCAGCGUGGGAAACGCGACGAGGAGAUCGAGGCCGAGAGGGAGGAUGCGGAGGAGAAUCUGCGGGAGGAGAUGGAGGAGAUGAGGAGUUUGGAGGAGAGGGUUAGACGGUUGAGGGAAAGGAGGGAGGCUGUUAGGGGGGGUGGAGUUAGUGGUGAGAGGGGUGGUGGGGAGGGUGGUGGGAUUGUAGGGGGUAAGGUGGAAGGGUUGGUAAGGGAUGGUGAGGAUGAGGAAGAGGGAGAAGAACUCGAGGACGAUUAUGAGGAAGAAGAUGAGUGGCACUUCGGCGGGAGCUGA